CUUGCGGUCACACUAGGAUGUUUCUUGCCAAGCAGCUGCGCCAAUUUUCCGAAAGAACCAACAAUUAAACCAGGAGAGCAUCUAAAAUCGGGGUUAUCAUCGCCACCGGAAGCCCCUCGAUCCGGUGCCCUGCAGGUGGCCACAAACUGCGACGCCUGAAAGCGGAGAAUUCUUGUAGAGAAAUCGACGGCAAUCUUCUCCUGGGAAAAGCGAUGUCCAGUUGGUUCUAGUGGUGUCUCCGAAUUCGUUACCAAACCCGUUCCGGUUCGCCGCAAUGCACGAGCUACAGUGAGGCCUCCUCGAGCGACGCCCGGAGCAAGCUUAACUGGAGCAUGGAAACGGAUAGCAGUGACAGCAGUGGGGACAGCGUUAAAUCCAUUCCCCGUCCAGACUUUGAAGCCCUAUCCGCCAUCGAUAGCCCCCAGCCGCAGCUGCAGGAAUCUCUGCUGGAUGGCCACAACGACAUGGAGACGGGAGUCAGCAGCAGCAGCAGCAUGCCCAGCAAGCGACAAAAGUAUGUGGUCAGUGCACCGCCAGGAUCCGCCAACGGUAGUAGUAACUCCUCCAACUCAAGUCCCUCGAAUGCCAAUGUCGGCUCUUCCCUAACCAUGAAGCUAACCAAGGUGCAGCCCCAGUUGCAGCAGGCCCAGCGCACCUCAACGCCCAAUAGCAAGUCGAACAAAGUGCCCAAGGAGAUGCUUGCCUUGCAGCGUUCGCAUAUCGAAUCCGAGAUGCUGACUAACUUUGUGGCCGAGGUCUCCAAAUUGAAGCGCCGCAAGUCUCGAUAUGUUCCCGAGCCCCUUGAUACUCCCACACCUAGGGUAGAGCUCUCCCGCAGCUUAAACACGGAAGCCAAGAGAGAGAAAAAGUUACACAAGGCUACCCUCAAAAGGAGCAAGAGCAUACCCGCUCCCAAUUGGGACUCGGAUGAUGAUUGGCAGGAUGAUCCGGACAAAUCCCGCAGAGUACGAGGCCGAUCGAUGGCCUGCGAUGAUCUGCUUGUGGGGGAAACGAACAGCAACCCGCCACCAAUGAGCAAAGUGUCCGCCCGCACCCGAUCCCGCAGUAAAACCCUGUCCCUGAGCAACGAGGAUCGACUGCCCAGAAGAAGCAAUCUGCGUAGCGAAAACGAGGAGUUUGCCAAGAAGCACAGUGCCUUCCUGGACAGCGUCAUGAACGAUGACCCGGAGUCAGUGAAUGCUUCGAUGAAUACCACGAUGAACGAAGUGGAUGUGGAAGCCGAUUGGUCCUCCUUCUCGGAAAACCCUACGGACACGACAGAAAACCAGGAAGAGGAGCAGGUGGCCGAUCGAUUGCGACUCAUUUGGCAAGCCCCGCCCAUGGAAGGCUGGGAUCCCUUCUGCUGGAAGUGCCGCGAGUGCGGCCAGCUGAUGCCCUGCUCCAAGUGUCUGCGCUCCUUCCACACCUACUGCGUGCGACCAGCCACCACCAAGUUCGACUCAUCCUGGAAGUGUCCUGAAUGCCAAUCGAUCGAGGCAGCACCCAAGAGGCUGCGUCGCAACGAUGUCUCCGUGGAUCUCCUAAGCCAACUGCUCUUCUAUGCUUUGGAGCGCAUGAAGCAUGUGCGCGGGGCCCACAAGCUCCGUUCACCGCAAGAGGUCUUCCCACAGACAUACAAAAAGUACUUUGUAAAUCCUGUUAGCUUCGACAGCCUGGCAGAGUGCAUCCGCCGUGGAGCCUACCAGACCACCGAGGAGUUCCUCAGCGAAGUGAAAUGGAUGCAGCACAACGCCCUCAUCCUGGACACUGGCGAUCCCAAGGUGGAGCAAGCCUCAAAGGCCGUGGUGAAGGUCUGCCGCCAGGAGGCCAAUGAGAUCGACACCUGCCCGGAGUGCUAUCUGAAUGCCAACUCUAGCGACGAGUGGUUUGUGAAGGUCUGCCGGCAUCCCCACCUGCUGCUUUGGGCCAAGCUCAAGGGCUUUCCAUACUGGCCGGCCAAGGCAAUGGGCUCCUCGAACUCCACGCUGGUGAAUGUCCGGUUCUUUGGCAAGCACGAUCGGGCAUUUGUGCCCGUCAAGGAUUGCUUUCUGUACUCCGCCCAGAAUCCCAAUACCCAAACCAGUCGACGAUCGGCCAGGGAUCUGGCGGAAUGCGUUCGCGAAGUGGAGGUUCACAUUGAGAACAUCAAGCGGAAGAUUGGGGCCUUCUGCUAUGCCGAAUAUCGCACAGCCUACGACCCGAUAGAGGAGCAACAGCAGCUUGAGCAGAUGAUGCCGGGCGUCUAUGAAGCCAUCGAUCGGGAACUAGAGCCGGCCAACAAAACGCCGCUGCAGUUUCUCAUCCGCAAGACGGCCGACGAUAAGUUGUCUAUAGUGAAGAAGACCAAGACCACGGAGUCGGGCAACGAAUCGGAUCAGUCUGGCAGCCCCGUGAAGAAGUCUCCAGAGGCUCCAGAAGCUGUAGCAGCCAGUGAGCCACCUCCCAAGCUCAACAAGAGCAACAACUAUGAGGUUAUAUCCCGAUCCGGUGAGUCCUUGACUGACUCUCGUUGCAAGGUGCUGCUUAAGCGGAAAUCCCUAGCUGCCAAGACCACGUCGAGCUCUGUGGAGGCAUCAUUACCAUCACCAGCUCCAACACAGGAAGCACUUGCACCGGCGGUGCCCUCUAAGCGCAAACAUUCCCUGAGCGACACCAGCUGCACCAGCGAGUCCAGUGACUACAAACGCAAGGCCAAGCACGCCAAAAAACAGCAGGAUCAGCAGGUGCGGGAUCAGCCAGUGGCGGAGCCAGGGGAACCUCCCAAGAAGCUUUCCAAGUCUCCAGAACAAACCAUUGGGGAGAAACCUCCUGAGAAACAGACGGCAAAGGCUUCAGAAGCUUCCCCUGCCUCUGUGGUUUCUGUGGUGGAGCUGGUCAGACGUCGCCAGGGUGUGACCAUCACCAAGAUACCACGCGAUCAACAGCAGAUGGCAGGAACUGACCCAGAGCCACCUCCUACUCCAGCUGUGGCAGCGCCACCUCCUACUCCAGCAGCAGCAAAUCCUUCACCUUCAACAGUGACCAAGGUAAAGGCACCGGAGCGAAGUCAGGCCCGGAAACAAUCCGAGGUUGAGCGUCAGCAACAGCAGCUCAUCAAGAAAGUGAUUCCCUUUGUGGAGAUCAAAACGGAGGUGAUGUCGGAGCCAGAGGAGGAGGAAGCCACUCAGCAGCUGCCCGUGCCAGAGCCAGAGCCGGCACAACCGGAGCCAGCUCUGGUGUCAGCUACUCCUCCUCCACCCGAACCUAUGGAAAUUGCCCUUCCUGAGAAUAUAAAAAUCAAAGAAGAGAUUCUCAGCGACGAUGAGAUAGAGACGGAUCAGCAGCAGCCGGCCAGUGUAAGUCAGAGGCUGGAAGCGUUUCCGCCGAUGCCACAGCCCAUGCCGCCGCCACCUCCUCCUCCCUUGCCACCGCGUGAGGAGACACCCGCCACGGAGGCCUUGGUGCGUUAUGUGGGCGAUACGAGCAUCCAAAAGGUGAGUCAGAAGCAGGGAGGCAAGUCUUCGGACUCCAACGCCAAGCGUCGCGGUCCUCAAGCCUCAUCGCCGGCUAUCUCGCCAGUGCCAUCACCUGCUCCCUCAACGGAGUCGCUUUCGCCCAAGUCAAGUGGCAUUUACGGGCCGAACAAGCCAACGCCACCGCAGGGUCCAUCAAAGAGCAAGCCAUCUCAAGCUCAGGCCUCACCGCAGCAGCACCAAUACCGUGUUAAGGGCGAUCGGGUUACACCCAAUCCCAGCUCGUCACCGGGAGCCGCACCUGCGACCACAACCACCACCACAUCGAGUCUGCUCAGAUCCAACAUGGUGGUGAUACCCGUGGAGCAGGCAAACAACUGCAAUCCGCACAAUCCCAUGACCAUACCAGUGCCGCCCUUGAGAGCCGUUUCCAAGAGCACUUUGCAGAGCUCGGCCGCCUCCUUGCAAACAGCGCCAGUCUCAACCUCGCAACCCGCUAGCUCCAUAUCCGUGCCACCUUUGGCAGGCCUGAGCUUUUCGCCUCUGCCCUCCACCUCCGCAGCAGCAGCAGGAGGAGCCCAAGGAAACGGUGGAGGAGAGCCAGCCGGUGGACUCUUAGCCAGCGCUUUGAAUGGAAUGACCAGCCAAGAGCCAAGCCUGGUCACUGAGCCGAAUGAUCCCAUUACCCCCGGCAUGGCCACGGCCCUGAGUGAGAUGCUGCUACGCUCUGGGCCGCCCAAGCUGGUGGCACGUCCCGGCGGGCCGCUGCAGUCGGAUGGCUCUCACAUCUAUCCCUCCCAGGCAGGACCCGUGUCGCAGAAGCUAAAGGAAAAUGCCCACAAGAUCACUGACUACUUCAUCUCUGUGAUUGAAGACACCCUCAGUGACAUGGCCACCGGUGACCAGAGUGUCCUCCAGGCCCGCAUCACUGGCCUGACGCUGGAGAAUGAGCGUUUGAAGCAGCACUAUGAUCGCCAGCUAACAGACUUGCAAAAGACCAGCGAACUGAUGCUGGCCGAGAUGCGCAAGACCCUAGAGCAGGAGCACAGGCGGGUGAUCAGCGAGCUGCGCCAGCAGGCCAACAUCGAGCGAAUGCGGGCAGUGGACGAGGCCAAAAAGAAGCAGUGGUGCGCCAACUGCAUGCGCGAGGCACAGUUGUACUGCUGCUGGAAUACCUCAUACUGCGACUAUCCCUGCCAGCAGAUGCACUGGCCCAGGCACUCGGCCACCUGUGGCCAGGCAGUAAAUGUUCAGGUGCCGCUCUCUAAUGCAGGUCCAGCUUCAGCUAUGGAAACUGGGCGUUCGCCCAAGUCCAAGGCAGCUACGAUAACACCAACACCCGCGCCUCCGCCUCCCAAUGUCAGGACACCGACUGCCGCCUGUCAACCUCCAGUGGCACCUGUGAUCGGCACCAAUUCAGCGGGUAAAAAGUGGCCGCCCAUGAUGUCCUCCAUAAUGAACCAGCAGCCGCCGCCCCCCAAUCCGGAGACAACUUUGCUCAAGCUGCCCUCUAGCACAUAUUUGCGGCCAGUGGUCAGUAGCAUAACGGCGACGGUGACGGCCACGCCGACAGUGAAUAGCAGCAUAAAUCCCAUGCUACCCUCCUCGUCGGGCAACCACAUGGCCCACCUCAUGCCCGGGCCCAUUCAGCGGCAGAACAACGCAGCCAACUUUCAACCCAAGCCUGCAUCACAGCCCAUGCAGCCCGUGCAGCGAUACAAUAUACCCUUACCCAUUACCAUUAAUCCUAGUGGCGCGCCCUAUGGCCUCAUAGCAGAGCAGCAUCACAAGCAGCAGCUGGCGCCCAAGGCCAAGGGACGCAGGCAAAACAACACAACAAUUCGGCAGAUAAACAGCACCGGUAGCCAGGGCAUAAGACCCAACCAAAUGAACCAAGUGUUCCACCCAUGAUUCUUUGACAAGGAAAAGCGAAAUGAAAAAGGAGGAGGAGCGGAAGGAGAAGGAGGAGGAGGAGUUUCCCCAAACGGAAAGACUGCCUGUGAUUCAGGAUACAAAACUUUCAUUGAUAUUCCAGAAAAACUCCUUUAAUUGAAGAGUCUUAAAUUCGUACUUUUAUUUCUCUUAUUUCUUAUUUUUAUUAUUUUUUUUUUAAUUCAAACCCCCCCCCAUUGGGGGGAAGCUAUCAUGUUAAUUUGUACUCCCAGAGUAGCACACACCCUGAAAGUUUACGUUUGGUCAGGUUUACAUAUAUGUAUAAAGAUAAUAAUAGAGUUAAGCUUAAAGUAUGUUUAGGUUUGACGGUCUUUAACUACAACCUAUAGACAUGCCGCUUAGCCAGUAAGAACCCAUGAGAUGGACUUUUGAAAAAUCAUAGCGUUAAGACCAUGUCACUUUCCAUUUGAUGAAGCAUUACUGUAAAUGUCAUAGUUUUCAUUCGCCACAUUACAUACAUUUUAUGUAUAUCUAAAGCCAAGCUAAAAGCGGCAACGAAUAAAUGUCUGCGUUUAAUUUUAA